AUGUCCAACAUCCUCUUCGACGACAUUUUCACUGUUGAAUCUUCUGACUCGGCUAGAUACAACAAGGUCUGCCGUAUCACCGGCCAAUCCUCUACCGCGCCAGACGUGAAGUUGACAUUGGACAUCAACAGCGAGUUGUUUCCAGUCCAGGCUAACGAAUCCAUCACCGUAACCUUGGCCUCCUCCCUCUCUUUAGAUGGUGCCGAUCCAGCCCAAACUAAUACAUCUUGGAGACCUCCAAAGGCUGACGAAAGAUCCUUAGCCGACGACUACGACUAUGUCAUGCAUGGUACUGUCUACAAAUUCGAAGAAUCUGCCAACGAUAAGACCUCUGUCUACAUCUCCUUUGGUGGUUUGUUGAUGUGCCUUGAGGGUGGCUACCGUAACUUGUCGAACUUGAAGCAAGCCAACGCGUACAUUUUGAUCCGUCGUUAAUCCAGCAAUAGAAUCAGGCUGAAUAAUUUCGCAUCUGUGGUAAGAAUCCACCAACAGAGCAGCCAAUGGCAUACGCCUGGCUACCCGAUGACUGUCUCAGUCGUGUACUAUAUUACCUGUCAUACAUAUUUUAAUACAGAUUUGUCUCAUUACUGGAAAGGG